AUGUCGUCAGACUCCUCGUCGUGGGAGCGCGCCCUGGUGCAGAUCUCACCCUACACCUUCUCUGCCAUCGGCGUCUCCGUCCUCGAUGCGGCAUGGGGUAUCUUCAUCACGGGGAGCAGCCUCAUCGGGGCCGCCAUCAAGGCGCCCAGGAUCACAUCUAAGAACCUCAUCAGUACGGAAUCUGGAGCCUUCGAUUCUUAUUACAUGCUCAAGCUGCUGUUGGUAGAAUUGGCUAGGCUAGGUGUCAUCUUCUGUGAGGCUGUUGCAAUUUAUGGUGUAAUUGUGGCAAUCAUCCUCCAGACAGAGCUUGAAAGUGUGCCAACAUCUCAAAUGUAUGCUCCGGAGUCUCUUCGAGCUGGCUAUGCAAUCUUCGCAUCUGGCCUUAUUGUUGGCUUUGCUAAUCUUGUUUGCGGGGUAUGCGUGGGGAUAAUUGGAAGCAGCUGUGCACUUUCUGAUGCUCAGAACUCAUCACUCUUUGUAAAGAUCUUGGUGAUUGAGAUCUUUGGCAGCGCUCUGGGACUGUUCGGAGUCAUUGUGGGCAUCAUUAUGUCUUCUCAAGCGACAUGGCCAGCAAAAGCUUGA